CCUCCGGCUCCGCGCCCCGCGGGGCUCGCAGCCUGCCCGCGGCACCGCCCCGGGGCCGAGCGCGGCUCCCAUUGAGGCCGGUGCCGGGCCGGCCCCCGCCGCGGCGGGGCCAAUGGGGGCGGCGGACGCGGUCGAGCCUCUCCCCGGCCUCCCCCGCCGCGGCCGGGCUCCCGUCAUGUGAGGGGGAUAUAGUACUACGGGAGCGGGGCCGCGCUCCGCACCGCGCACCCGCCUCCCGGGGGAGCUGCGCCCGCCUCCGCCGCUCCGCGCUGCCGGCCGCUCCUGCCUCUGCGGGCUGCUGCUUUGGGCUUGCUGGGGCUUAGUCCUGCGCUUUUAUUGCGCGCCUGUGGCUUUUUAAAUUUUUCUUUGAUUUUUUUAAUUACUAUUUCUAUAGUUAUUUUUGCCCUUUUAAAUUUUUUUAAUUUUUUUUUCUUUUUUCUUUUUUUUUUUUUUUUUUUUUUUUUUUUUUUUUUUCGUGGCUUGGUUGUGUUGUUUGGGUUUAUUCCCCCCCUCGUUUUCGCUGUUUUCGCGUUCUUCUGGUCGUUCGUGGCCUUUGCUGCCCCCCGGCUCGCAGAGGAGUUCAGGCUCUCACCUGAACUUUGGCUGCCUGGUAUAUGCUGUUGGGAUAUCCAUAGGAGAUCAUCCAGGAAUGGUGGAUCACUUGCUGCCUACUGAUGAAUCCUUUUCAUCCACAAGAUCUUCUCUUGGAUACUUUGGGGACAUGACAGCAGGCGUGAGGUCCUACCAAAUGCUGCCCUCUCCCCUGUCAGAAGAUGACAGUGACUCGUCCAGCUUUUGUUCUUGUUCCAGCCCUGACUCCCAGGUCCUCAGCUCCAGCUAUGGAAGCACAUCCAGUGCAGAAAGUCAGGACAGUAUCUUAGACUAUUUAUUGUCCCAGGCAUCUUUGGGGAACACCACUGCAUCAUGGUGGGACAAAAGGAGACUUCAGCCAAUAGUGAAAGAGGAGUACUUUAGGUUGCCUGAAUUUCCCGUGGAUAUGGAAGACUCAGGACCAUUUCAGCCCACGCUUGAGGAAAUUGAGGAAUUUUUGGAGGAGAACAUGGACUUGGAGCUCAAAGAAAGACCUAAAAGCGAGACCAAGGACUUGAGAGCUUGCAGCCAGGUUUCUGUUGCUUCGCUGCAGCAAAAAGACCAUAUGUUACCCAGUACUAGUUUAAAAGAGAGUAAAAAUGAGCAGUUGACUAGCUCAACGGAAGGUGGCCAAGCUUCAAAUGGAGGAAUGACCCUGGAGAAUGGAAUACCGGUUAUGCUCCAAAUUCAGCCUGUGCAGAUCAAACAGGAGUCCAGCACGAGCCCCACUUCCCAAGGACCAGCACAGGAGAACAUUAAAAUUGCACAGCUCCUAGUCAACAUCCAAGGACAGACAUUUGCCCUUGUGCCUCAGAUAGUUCAGUCGUCCAAUUUGAACUUGUCCUCUAAAUUUGUCCGCAUUGCUCCCGUCCCCAUCGCCGCCAAGCCAAUUGGGCCAGGAGGCAUGAUCCAGGGGCAGACGGGAAUCAUCAUGGGUCAGAAAUUUCAAAAGAACCCCGCAGCUGAACUCAUUAAAAUGCAUAAAUGUUCUUUUCCUGGCUGCACCAAGAUGUACACAAAAAGCAGCCAUUUGAAAGCCCACCUGAGGAGGCACACAGGAGAAAAGCCCUUUGCGUGCACGUGGCCGGGCUGUGGAUGGAGGUUCUCCAGGUCGGAUGAGCUGUCCCGGCACAGGCGCUCCCACUCGGGGGUGAAGCCCUACCAGUGUCCAGUGUGCGAGAAGAAGUUUGCUCGCAGUGACCACUUGUCCAAGCACGUCAAGGUGCACCGGUUCCCGCGCAGCAGCCGCUCCGUGCGCUCCGUGAACUGAGGGCUCCUGCCUCCCCUUCCCGCCGGCCGUCCCGCACCAGCCCACCGCAGCACUUUGCUCACUAUGGUUCUAGUGAUAAUUUAUUUGUCACUAUGUUUCUAGUGAUAAUUUAUUUGUCUCCACAGAACAGUCAAUGCUGUUACUUGACACCACCAUGUUUGAGUGCCCCAUGUCCUUCAAAGAUGAUUUGGGAAUGAAGCUCUUUUUGGGUCAGGGGAGCGGGGUGCUUCUUCCUUUUUUUUUUUUUUUUUUUUUUUUUUUUUUUAGGAUUUUUUUUUCUUUUUCU